UUCAUGCAAGGCAGAUACUAUAGUUGGAGUCUUCAGUCUAGUGUCACAGCUGUUACGUGUAGCUCAAAGAAUGACACUAGUAAGAAAAGGUUCUGCUAUGUUGAGGACCUAGCGAGAACGAGUGAUCUGAAAAGCAAAAAUGUUGUCGAGGAAAAUCCUAUGGGGGAUGGUGGCAUAGUUGGAACUGCAGUAUUAGCAGAAAAGAUGAAGAGAAAUGAACAAGAAGUGUCAAAGGAAGAAGGGGACACAUACGUUAAACAAAAUGUCGGUGGUGAUGACAACGGGGUGAAAGAGAAAGUAAGUGACAAAAGUUGUUAUGUGGCCCCAAAAUUUCGGGAAUUUGAAAUUGGGUCCCUGUAUUAUGUUGAAGAAAUUCCGGAGGAACUUGAAUUUCAAGAAAUUGGGAACAACCCAAGUGAGAAAGAUGGGGUGGCAAAGGAGGGAGCUGGAAAUUUAGAGGGUGAAAACAGGAAAAAGCAAGAAGCUGAUGUAUUAAUGGAGAAAAGUGAGGAGUUAUUAGAAGAUUGGGAAGGUAUAGAGAGAACAGAUUUGGAAAAGCUAUUCGGUGCAGCGGUGGUAUUUGUGAAUUCCAAAAAGAAUGAUGAUGUUCUUGACAAUGAGUUGAAGAUGCAGCUUUAUGGGCUUCACAAGAUUGCCACUGAGGGGCCGUGUUAUGAACCGCAGCCGAUGCCGUUCAAGCUUUCAGCUCGUGCAAAAUGGAGCUCUUGGCACAGGCUAGGAGAUAUGAGUAGGGAGAAGGCUAUGGAAAAGUAUGUAGCCCUUCUCUCAGAUAGAGUUGCAGAAUGGAAGUUAGAUAAGACUGAUGUUAACAAUGAACUGAUUUCUCGAGACAUUGAAACAUCUCAGGAUAGACUGCACUUCUGCGCACAAGUUUCUUCAUUAUGAUGAAAGCUUUCCAGACUGGGAACUAUGAAUGGGACCAAACCAUUUUAGUGUGGUCACUUAAGUUAUUUGCAUUAGUUAUAUAUAGACGUCUUGCGGGAAACUGAGUAGUAGUGCUACAAUGGUGCCUUGAUCAUGGAUACAUGUGUGGUAAAGGCAGGUUGAAAUAGUGCACUGAAAGCACCAAGGAAGUUGUUGAUUCUUCUUAGCCACCGAGUGUAAAUGUAUACUUUCCUCAGUAAUCUAUCCCUUUUGCUGUAUUCAGUUUGCUCAUACUCGUAUGUCUUGCUUAGCAGUAGUCCUAUCGUGCUGAUGUUAUUUUAUUUAUUGGGAACUGGAAAAUACAUGUAACUCUCUCACAAAGUGACAAAUCCAAUAAUGAGUUUUCAGGCUCCGCAGACCCUGGUUUGGGUUCUUGUCCGCCAAAGCUCUCUCAAGCUGGUUUAAGUUGUCUUCGUUAUGAUUGCACGCAAGUGUCUAUGUUAUGGUUGCAAGUGUGAGAAAACAUUAGUGUCUUUAAUUGUUAUGGUUGCAUGUGUGAGAUAUUAUUAGUGUCACACAUGUGAGAAAAUAUUAUUGUCUUUUCUA